AUGCCGUACUCGCUUUGCCCCAUCACCAACGGGUCUCGUCUCGUAUCAGACGCAGAAGAUAGGCUGUACAAAGACCUAAGAUGGGCUGGUUUAUCAUGGGACGAAGGUGAGCCGUUGAACUCAUCCACCGCUGGCCGCUCUGGCAACUCACAACAUUGGCAGGUCCUGAUAUGCAGGGGCCAUAUGGGCCUUACCGGCAGGCCCACGAAUCCGGGUCAACCAACCCUUUACCCCGGCACAUGUCGACACAUCUCUCUCGAGGAGUCCGACGAUCGUGCCCAUAAGGGCGAAGAGUUUGCGAUUCGGUUCAAGAGCGCCGAGGAGCCGCUCAUGAUUCGGGACAUAAUCUACAAUCGAUUCAAAAAGAAGGAUCCCGAGGAUGACUACAUCAUCAUGAAACGUGAUGGUUUCCCGACAUAUCACUUUGCCAAUGUUGUCGACGACCGUCAUAUGAAGAUUACCCACGUCAUUCGAGGAGCCGAGUGGCUCGUUUCCACCCCAAAACAUGUUGAGUUGUACCAGGCAUUUGGUUGGGAGCCCCCAGAGUUCGCCCAUCUCGGCCUGCUGGUCGAUAAAAACCGGCAGAAACUCAGCAAGCGCGACAACUCGGCCAGCAUGGAGUACUACCAGAAUGGCCACAUUCUUCCCUCGGCCCUCCUCAACUUUGCCGUCUUGCUGGGCUGGCGGGCUCCGCCCACAAAAGGCGAUGUCAUGACCCUAGAGGAGAUGGUUGAAAACUUGUCCCUCAAGUUCAGCAAAGGCGACAUCAUCGUCUCCCUCCAAAAACUCCCCUUCCUCCAAGACAAGCACCUCAACCGGCUCUUCGACAAACCCACCAAGACCCCCACCGAGCAGCAAACCAUCGAGCAGGAAUUCCUCCAACCGCUCCGCACCGCCAUCGAGCAAGCCCAACAAACCAAAGACUCACCCUCACCCUCACCACCAUCAACACCACCACCACCGGCCACCCUCCCCCCCUCCUCCAUCGGCCCCCUCCGGCUCCCCACCCCCCACCUCCUCGAAAACGAGCGCUACCGGCCCGACCUGCUCCGCCUCGUCCAGGGCGCGCGCAAGAUCUCGCUGGACGACCCGGCCGACCGCUUCGCCGCCGCGCUGUCCAAGCUGCGCUACUACAUCUGGGACGUGCCGCGGCCGGUGCUGGAGCAGGCGGCGCGGGCGCUCGCCGCCGACAACCCCGCGCUGUUGGGCCAGGGCCAGGACGACGGGACCCCGGCGCUGGCUGUGGCGGCGGCGGUUAUGGCGGAGAAGUUCCGCGCCGUGAGCGAGGCGGCUUGGAAGCGCGAAGGGAUCGAGGAGGCGAUGCAUGCGAUUGGGGCGGACGAGGUGUUUCGGGGGUGCUUUGCUGCUGCUGCUGAUGCUGAUGGCGUGCGGGGAAACAUGUAUGCCGCGCUGCGGUGGGCGUUGCUGGGUGGGGAUAAGGGGUUGCCGAUGUGGACUACGAUUGAGAUUUUGGGGAGGGACGAGACGCUGCGGCGGUUGGAGGUCGCGGAGUCUGCUGCGAGAAGCGCAGCUGAGCUUGGAGAUGAGCCCGCGGCGGAGGUGGCGUAA